GCAGACAGCCAUAGAAACAGAUCGCUAAACAAACCCCCCUCGAGCUAAACUGCAGCAACCAACGACGAGUGACGAACGACGAACGACGAGAGCCAUCUCCAACUCCGGCGAACCUUCAUCUUCGGCGACCCCAUUCCGGCGAACCUCCAUCUCCAGCUCCAACACUCUUUCUUCUUGAUUCUAGGUAAAUCAAACUCCAUUUCAUCUCAUUUUGAACUUAGGGUUUUGAAUGUUAAAAUUUUCGAAUUUUUGGAUUAUGAAUUGAUUGUGAAUUCAAUUGUUGUGAAAUGUGGAUAUGUAUGAAAUGUUGAAAUUUGAUUUUAAAUUGAUUGUAAAUUGUAGUGUGUAUUUUGACAUUUGGGCAUUUGGGUAGACUUGAAUGUAGCUAAAUUUGGGUAUUGAAAUGUAGACUUGAAUGCAGAUAUCAAAAUUUGGGUAAUUUCAUAUUGAAAUGUGAAUUGUUUGUGAAUUUUGACUUUUGGAUAUAUUACAAUUUUGGUAGUUUUUUCUAUUGAAAAUUUGAAUGUGUUUAAAAUGUGUAUAUUGAUGCCUACUCAUGAAUUUUGGACAAUGCAUUGUUAUUAGAAUAUGGAUUUCUCAAGCUUCCCAAUCAUAUGUCAUUGGGGAGGGAACUAUUAUGAGGAUGCUGGGCAAAUAUGCCUUGAAGGUGGUAGAACCAGCUUUGUCAUGGUUUCUCGUGGCGCUUGCAUGCUGGAGAUCCUUCAAAAAAUACAUGCAGUCACAAUGAUUCAUCCUAGCCGUUCUUUGCGGUUGAAAAUGAAAUUUCCUAUGAACGGGGGAAAGUACAUGCUUAUGAGGUGGGCAGUACUUGGGAGGAGCCUUAUGCGCAUCAUAGGCUAUGUAUCCGCCAUCUUGCAUCAAAUGUGCACACUCAUUUCAAAGACAUUCAUCUAAAAAAUAUUUUUGUGUGGAUCGCACGGCAACAUCAGAAAAAGAAAUUUGAUGGUGGGUUCAAGAAGAUAGGUGAAAUGAGUUUGGAGGCACGACACUUUUUGGCCAACAUUCCUCCGGAAAUGUGGUCAUUGCACCACGAUGGCGGGUACAGAUACGGUACCAUCACUUCAAAUCUGGCAGAGGUUUUCAAUAGCGUCAUGAAAAAUGCUAGAUAUUUGCCCAUCACCGCCUUGGUCCAGGUGUCUUUUUACCGGGUUAACGCAUAUUUUGUUACUAGGCGUGAAACCAGUAAAUUGAGGCUCACACAAGGCCACGAGUACUCCGCAAACAUCACUGAUUUAAUUGAAAAAAAUAGAGAGAAGGCAAAGCAUCACUGCUUGUCGACAGUGGGUGGAUGAGUGUGAGCGGUUGUUAGGUAUCCGCCCCGUUCUUAGGACUGACCUUCAGGGGUCAUCUCUGAGGAUGCCAUGGUUGAGGGAGCACUUCCAGGUGCUUCCUCCCGACGCUAAUGAGGUGAUGAUCCAGCAGCAUGCUCGGGCUUAUAUAUUGAUGAUGAUGGGAGCCUCCAUUUUCGCUGACAAGAGCGGAAAUGAGGUUCAGGUGCUGCACUUGCCUUUGCUAGAGAGGUUUGAUGUAGCAUCACAGUUCAGCUGGGGUAGUGCCACCCUGGCUUACCUGUACAGACAGCUUUGUCGCGGCUGCCAGAGAGGGAGCAAAGAGCUUGGGGGAUUUUUGCUACUCCUCCAGAUUUGGUCAUGGGAGUAUAUCCACAUUGGGCGUCCCAUUAUAGUCGGAUAUCAUGGCAUUGAUGGACAGCCACUGCCUGAUGAGCCUCCACGUCUUCUAGGACCUCAUCAUGUACGGGGCGAGGACCCUCUAGGCCGUCGAUGGUUAUAUGCUGGUCUAUCUCGCAUGUCCUCUGCUACUGGGCUCGGUGUGUACAGGGAUGCAUUAGAUCGGAUGUCUGAGAACCAAAUUACAUGGAUGCCGUUUACACCUGAGAUGUUAGCAGAGUUGCCCCCAGCUGGACGAGAGCAUACUCACAUAUGGCGAGCACGUGUGCCGUUGAUAUGUUUUGACAUUGUUGAGCUUCAUUUGCCUGAUAGAGUCUUGCGACAGUUUGGGUUUGAGCAGGUCGUUCCACGGCCUAUCGACACUUAUGUUGAGCUGCAUAGGCUGGAUAGGCGUGGAAAGCAUACAGAGGAUUGGGCACUCAGACAUGUCUGAUAUGUGACUAUGUGGGAAAGGAGAGCUGAGCUAGUUGUGGCUGGGACACCGACAUAUGUGCCAUCUGUUUCAGGAGACUACAUGGGAUGGUAUUACAACAUCACUCGUUUGUUUGUGUCUCCUUCGUUCAGACUCCCUACUCAUCAUUAUCAGCCUAGCUCCUUAGCUUUGCAUCUUACGACACGAGCUUUGCAGCGCAUACAUCAGCGGGCUACUGCCACAGUGACCGAUAGUCCUGAUGUGGACUUGUAUGGACAGGCUCUGACAGGCAUUGCGUCUUUGUGUUCAGAUGUGUUGGGGCGAGUCGACUACGGCCAUCUUAUACACAUGCCCCCAUCUCAGGAGAUGCCAUCCACGUCUAGUGCAGCGGCGGCUUCAUCAUCCCAGACGCAGCAUGAGAGAGUGGUUCUUCAACCACGA